AUGGACACAGAGCAAUACCCAAACUCGCUCGGCGACGAAGAAGAGGAAGAGGAGGAAGAAGAGGAGUUAGAGGAAGAAGAGGAAGAUGAGGAAGAUGACGAUUCUGUCGAUGAAACAGGCUUCAUUAACGACCACGCGCAAAACGUAAAUACUACUCCUAAUUUCACCUUCGGCCGUCAAUCUGGGCAACAGCAGGGACAAAUCUCUAUAGACCCUACUCUUGACACUCCUCCCCCGCCAGAUACCCAUGGCGGCGCUGAUCCACAGCAGCUUCAGCAUCAUAACCACCAGCAGCAGCAACAGCAGCAGCAGCAACAACAACAACAGCUCGUCCAGCAGCAGAAUCACUUCGUGACCCAGCAGACCCCGCGGCAAAUGUAUACCGACAUCGCGCGCUGCGCGACUCAAUUCCCACUAGAAGACCACGGGGGUGCGAGAUUUGCAUCUUCGAGUCCUGUACCUCCCCCACCAAAGAUACUUCCAGCAUUCACGCCGACCGAUCGGAGCUUGCCAGACCGGACGGUUACAGAUGAGACAUUGGAUGAUGCUUAUGUCUCGUUCAUCCUCUACUGUAACCCUUCGGUGCCGCUGAACUGCGAUACUACAGAACUACGGAAGGCAUUCCGGCAGCCGCCAAAGAGCGAUGGGAAGGUGUUCAACGUACAUCAUCUGCUGCAAUUGAUUGAGAAGUUUGAGGGCAAGGAAAUUAAGACAUGGACGAAACUGGCGACAGAAUUGGGGGUAGAGAGGACUGCGGACCAGAGUGCGCAGAAGGUACAGCAGUAUGCUGUUAGAUUGAAGCGGUGGAUGCACGCAAUGCAUAUAGAUGCGUUCUUCGAAUACAUCCUAAAUAAGCCACAUACCUACUACCAACAAAUACCGCACCAUACAUCCUCACCAACGCAAGACCAGAUGCGUGAUGGCGUGCCUCUCGAAGAAGAUCUUGCCCUCCGUGCUCUUCAUCCCGAAACUCGCCCCAAACGCGGUCGCCGGAAGACAGACGACAAAGAUGAUGAUGGGACUGAUAAGGACAUACCAGAUCCAAAAAGACCACAUCUUGAGACACCAACUCCCUCAACCGCAGACCCUAACAGCGCAAUUGAUUUCAGUACUGCUCUCUUUCCGCCUCACCCACAGUCUGCUGUUUCUUCUGCCGGCGGUGCGGACGAAAUGAACAGGUAUCUCGACGAGUCGGACCCAUGGGCGGCGGCCACCCAAUCAGUUCUUAGCGGGGGAGGGGCCAGUGCCUCUGGUGCGGGACAGCAAUUCCGCUGGCGCGCCUUUCCACGAGAAGGAACAACCCCAUCUACAGCGCACCCGCCAAUAACAAUCCUAACCUCCAACGAGGGCAACCAAACCCCUAUUGAUGAAGUCCCAACCCCUACUACCCCCGCAUCUGGCUCCAAACCGCGCUCUCGUCGCCGUCACGGGCCUGCUGUCUCCUCCGCAUGGCCAUCCUCUGGAAACCCACUCACUGGCAAGCUUCGUGGGCGCCCUCCAAGCAACCGCUCAGUCCGUGAUGGUCCGUUCUCAACGUUCCCCGCAAACCCGACAGGGAAGGGCCACACAAUUGAUCUUAGUCCCGGCGGAUCUGGUAUAACGUCUACACCAAUGUCAACGCCAAUUGCAACCCAUGCUCCACCACAUCAGUACACAUUCCGCCCGCAGCAGCUACAUUUAACUGUUCCGGCACGUACAGGUGGCCAUAUCAGCAUGGCAUCCCCGUCAAGCGCAAUCACGCCACAUCCACAUAUCAAUGGCAACGGCAUCCCCUGGAAACGUGCAAAGAGUCCCCUUGGUCGUGAAGACAACGGUACAAGCUAUAACACCUCUGGUGUGUCCAGCCUGGGCCUUGAAGACGUCGAGCGCAAGUUUUCGGUUGCGUUACUCCAGGCGGAUGGUGCACUACUCGGGGUUGAAGAGUCAAAGAAGAUCGCGGAGCGCGUUGUUGCCGGUUUACGGCGGUCAUGGCCAGACUCAGGGGAAGCCGAGGAGAGGGCUAUAGCAACGAUCAUGGGGUGCGGAGAUGACCCUACGGGCGAGGGAGGUUGUAGGGAGUUGCGGAUUACCAAGCUUGGUGGAGAGAGGAGAGCUGAUAUCGAUGAUCUGUUGGGAGAUGACGAUGACUUGGACGAUGGUGGGGUUCGAUAUGAUGUUAGGUGGUGUGUCAUGUUAGGACCUGUGAAGGGGGAGUUUUCGCAGGUGGUGACAUUGGGGCCCACGGGAUUUGGCCGAAUCAAUAGUGGCCUGAGCACGUUGGGAGAUGACGAUGACAAUGGACUGAAGGAAUUGGACGGUCUGGAAGGGUUUGACGACUCAGGCAGUAGUGAGAGUGUGGAAGACCUGAAGAAGCGAGUAGCAGAACUGGAGAAGAAGGUCAAAGACAAGGAGCGAGAAAUCAAGGGCGUAAGGCAGAAAGUACUAAAGGCCAUUGUGUCUUGA